GAGAAUUAAUUCAAUAUUUAUUUUUGCUAGUUUUCUUAUUGUAUUUUAAACAGUAAAGUAUAUAAUAAUAUUAAAUUAAGACCUAAGCAAAAUAUAAUAUCGUUAUUUUCCCUUUAAAAACGAAUCACAGCUAAGAAACUUAACACAAUAAGACAUUUAAAUUUAGCAGAACCAAAUUGGCAACCAUAAACAAAAAAUGUAAACAAACACAAAAGGCGCGAAAAAAGCAGCAGUAGAACCGAACUAAAGUAAAAUCACAUGAAGAGUGCAUCUUCUGGAAUACAAUUAUGGAUUUUGAACAAGAGGAACCAGCCAAGAAAAUUAUCAAGACAGAACCAAAUGAAAUUGAAAUAAAAUCAAAAGUUGUAAAUAUCAAAAAGGAAAAUGAACUAGAGGAAGCGGAAGUUAAACAGGAAAUUUCUCCUACCAAGGAGGAGGUAAAGAGCGAGUGUGAUGAUACUGCCACAGAUUCAGAUGUAGCCGUGGAUAAAAUUGAUUCACUUAAAACUUUGGGGCCGUAUAUUGCUGCACGUGACAAUUCGCAAAACACGGUUUAUUUCCAGGACCUGCCCGAUAUUUGCAAGACUGAACCAUGUAUGCUGGGUGUAGAUGAAGCUGGUCGUGGUCCAGUACUCGGUCCAAUGGUUUAUGGCAUAGCAUUUUGUCCAUUAAGCAGUAAACAAGUAUUGAUAGAUUUAGGAUGUGCCGACUCCAAACAACUAACCGAAGAAAAGCGCGAGUUUAUAUUUAACGAAAUGAAUACGUCAGAGACACCACGGAAUUGCGUUGGCUGGGCUGUAGAAUUGAUUUCACCUAACACUAUUAGCACUAGUAUGUUACGACGCACAAAAUGUUCACUUAAUGAAGUUUCUAUGACAUCAGCCAUUGAACUUAUUAAACGUGCUAUCGAGGAAGGAGUUAAUAUUGCAGAGGUAUAUGUGGAUACGGUUGGACCUCCAGAAAAGUAUCAAGAAAAGUUGAAAGGAAUAUUUCCACAAUUUAAAAUUACAGUCGCUAAAAAGGCUGAUUCUACUUAUCCAAUUGUCUCUGCUGCUAGUAUUUGUGCCAAGGUGACCCGUGACACUGCUUUAAAAGUGUGGAAAUUUCGUGAGAGUACCGAACUGAGUUCGGUAAAAUUUGGUAGUGGAUAUCCAGGAGAUCCAGUCACUAAACGUUUUCUCAGUGAGAAUUUAGAUAUGGUCUUCGGGUUUCCACGUAUUGUGCGUUUCAGCUGGUCAACUGCGGAGAAUGCUCUUGCUAAUAAGGUGCUUGAAAUGGAGUUUGAUGAACCAGACGAUCAGAAACCUAAAUAUGCUGGGCCCAAAUUAACAAAGUUCUUCAAAGGUGCAACAAAAAACGGUGAUGUGCAACGUAAGCCCUGUCGAUUUUUUAAGGAACGCUAUUUAGAUAGCGUUACUGAUUUCUAAUGUAGAUAAAAUGAUAAAAUAUUUAUAAGUUUAAGGGUAAAAUUCCUAUUCAAAUUAUGUAAUACGUUUUUAAUAAAUUUUUGAUUGUAGUAAAAAUACUAAA